UCUAGAAUUAAAAAUCAAGAACAGGUUUCUCUCUCUCUCUCUCUCUCUCUCUAGGAUUCACAUUCAUUCUUUGGUUCUCCCUUUAAAAAUCACGAGAUCUCCACCCAUUUUCUUCCUCUUUUCUCCCCUCUCCCUUCGUUAAUGCCUUCUUCAAAAACCUUCUGUAGCUGCUGUUUUCAUCCUUGUUCACAUUGUUGAGGGAGGAAUUCGAACGGGCUCGCUCGCAUUCCGAUUAUUAUUACUCGGUAAAAAAAAAGGGGAGAGAGGGGGGGCGGUGUGUGUGUGGAAAUCGAAAUGUCGACUCAGUCGGGGAAAACUAAACCGGAAUUGGGGCUUGACUCGCUCUCGGAUCGGCUGAGAAAAACCUUAACCUACGGCGAACAGGUUAACGGCGUUAAUGUCAACAAACCGGACUUCCGUCAGCUUGAUCUGGGCUCUCCUGUUUCGCCGCUCCGAACCCGAACCACCGCCACCACCACCGCCACAACGAGUAGCAGCUCCAGCUCGUCCGGAUCGGUGUCCGGCCGGAACUCGAAUAUGCCCAAGAAGUCCGAUUCCAAUCCCAACAGCCACUCCGGCGAACUCUCCGUCGAGAGUUCGCCGACCACCUCUCGCAAUUUGAAGACGGGUCAUACCCGGUCCAAUUCAAUCGGGUCCCAGCCAAUACUCCACUCCGGGUCCGGGUCCGGGUCUGUUACAUCCCCAUCCGUUAACGUCCUCCCCGCCGGAAACAUUUGCCCAUCGGGCCGGAUUCUGAAAACCGGCAUGGCCACUCGGUCAACGAAAAUCGACGUUCUGGGGUCUGGUUCAGUAAAUUACGGCCACGGCAGCAUAAUGCGCGGCGGCGGCGGCGGUCCUGCAUCUAAACCGGCCACCGACAGUGGGCCCACUAAUUAUUCAAGAGGAGGAUUAAUGGUCGGCGGCGAGCCGGGAAGAAGAACCGGAGUUAGCAGCGGCAGUGAUCCGGAGGAGUUAAAGAAGAUGGGUAAUGAUAGUUACAGAAAGGGCAACUUCGAGGAGGCUCUAAGCCUCUACGACAAAGCAAUCGCAUUAUCACCGGGCAACGCCGCCUACCAUUUCAACCGCUCCGCCGCCUUGAUGGCUUUGCGGCGUUUGUCCGAGGCGGCCAGAGAAUGCGAAGAGGCCAUUCGAUUGGAUCCGGGCUACGCAAGGGCCCACCACCGCCUAGGAUCUUUGCUUCUUAGUUUAGGACAAAUCGAGACUUCAAGAAAGCACAUUUGUUUCCCGGGGCAUCAACAAGAUUCCGUCGAGGUGCAGAAAUUGCAAUCCGUGGAGAAGCAUAUGAGCAAGUGCACCGAUGCGCGUAGGGUCGGUGAUUGGAGAAGUACAUUGAGAGAAGUCGAAGCUGCCAUUGCUUCUGGUGCUGAUUCAUCACCCGAGCUUUCGGCAUGUAGGGCAGAAGCUCUCUUGAAGCUCCAUCAAUUAGACGAUGCGUUUCUUGCUAUGUCAAAUAUCCCAAAAUCCGUUCCAUCACAGUCCAAAAUAUUCGGUAUGCUUUUCGAAGCGUACGUUUAUUUCGUUCGAACCCAAAUCGAAUUAGCAAGUGGAAGGUUUGACGGUGCAUUUACAGCUAUCGAGAAAGCUGGAAAGAUAGACCCUCGUAAUUCCGAAAUCUCGACUAUGCUCAACAAUGUGAAAUUGGUGGGGCGGGCCCGCGCUCGUGGGAAUGAUUUAUUUAAAUCGGAGAGGUUUACCGAAGCCUGCUCUGCAUAUGGUGAAGGCCUUAAAAUUGAUCCAUCGAACUCUGUUCUCUACUGCAAUAGAGCUGCUUGUUGGUUCAAACUUGGUCAGUGGGAACGCUCGGUCGAUGAUUGCAAUCAAGCCCUUCGUAUCCAGCCUAAUUACAUAAAAGCACUUCUUCGAAGGGCUGCACUCAAACAACAAGAUUCGUCCUCGGGUGCGUCCGUGGUCCAUUUCAAAACGGCUUCGAGCAUAGAAUGCAAACAAAUAUCUCCGUUUUUCGACACACUCUGCACUCGGUACCCGUCUAUAAAUUUUCUCAAGGUGGAUAUUGAAGAGAGCGCACCGAUUGCACAUACGGAGAACGUAAGAAUAGUGCCGACGUUCAAGAUAUACAGAAAGGGAAACCGAGUGAAGGAAAUGAUUUGCCCUAGUCCCGAAGUAUUGGAGUCUUCGGUGAGGCAUUACAAUAUUUAAAGACACGAUUAAAACACCGAAAAAAAUUUGUCAGUCUCCCGACCAAAAAACAACGAUUACUAGUCAUACCCCGCGACGUAAUUAUUUAGAUAUUUACGAAGAAGACCUAAUAAUCCCGAGAGAAAAAAGAGCCCGUAUCUCCCAAAUGCUAAUGGAAUCAAUUCAAUCACCAAACACAUAGCUUAGUAAAACCCCCUUCGCAUUUCGUUUUUCUUUUUUUUUUCUUCCCCAUUCAUUAUUUCAUCAUCGUUCGACCGAUUUUUUUUUAUUUUUUUUUUCGUUUAUAAUUUUUUUUCCGGACCUCUUCUUAUCUUGGUACCAUUGGCCAACCCUUGUAUGUAGUUAGCUACUUCCUAGUAUGUUGUAUUCAUUGGAAGGAAAAAAGAGUAGAGAGAGGGAUUUAUACUGUAAAAUUAUUUGUUCUUGGUUUGGUUCUUAACUAUAGUUAAAAAUCUAGAGAGAGAAAGAGGGGGUUGAGAGAGAGAUAGAGAGAGAGAGGGGGGAGAUACGUACAUGUAUAUAUGUGAUGAUAUAUAUAUAUAUAUAUAUACACACAGCAUUGGAGGAAUUGAGUUAGUUGUGUGGUGGGGGUUGUUGUACCUUUAUUGGGGUUAAUUUAGUGAAACUAAAGGAUGAAAAAUUUGAUGCUGUCAUUGAUAUUGAUGUUUCUUUUUCUCAAUCAUUUUAUUAUUAAUAAAAUUUCUCAUUUUUUAUUUAA